AUGGCCCCUCAGCGCGCCCUCAUCACCUAUUCUGCUUCCCUGUCGUUUCUCUCCUCUGAUUACUGGCAACAUCUCCAAAAUGGUCUAUCAUCUCAACUUCCUCUUCGAAAUCUCCAUUGGAAACCUGUUUCCCGGCCAUCCAUUAGGACAAUCCAAGAGCUAGAGGUGGAGCUUGUUGCCCUCGACAGUGUCCGGGAUGAGCACACUUCGCAAGUCCCAUCCACACUGCUGGAGAAACCGUUGCUCAAUCUAUAUGUUGUAACAUGUGAGGACAAUGAAACAUACAAGACUAGCGUUCGGAAGCAGAUCAAGGAAUGGCACACCAUCGUGAGUCAACGCAAGAACCAAGAAUGGCUUCUUCUCCACGUUACUCGACCAGAUGCUAGAAGUGCUGCGUCGGGGUUUUUCCAGAUGAAGGGAAGUGUCUUGGAUAAAAUCAGAGCGGAUUUCAAUCUAGAUAAACGUGACAGAUGCGUGCAGCUUUCAUGGACUACUGGCCAGGACAAUCCUGCAGCUUGGGCAGAUCUUAUAUCGAAGAUAAAGGAGGGUAUCCUGUCUGCGUUUGAUUCUGCGGUCGCACAACGAUCAGAGGACGUCAAGCGAUCGGAUAGUCAAAGAGGAAUGCCGGGGUGGAAUUUUUGUACGUUCUUCAUUCUAAAGGAAAGCUUAGCUAGCUCUUUCGAAGGCAUGAAUCUUUUUGAAGACGCAUUACUUCAAUAUGAUGAACUCGAAAUCUCCUUUACCAAUGUCAUAAGCCAAAAGAGUCUUCUUUGGUUUGGAACACUCAUUCUCGCUGGACAGAAUGAUGACUCGGUGCCCCUUCUUUCGAUCGACAAGAAACCGUAUCGGGAUCUCAUCCUUGCGAAUGCCAUUUCCGUGUUCGACUUUCGGAUAUAUCUCCUUGCGCGGCAAUGCGCGCUCUUGGGGAAAGUUGGGAGAGUCGCCGACGUCUGUCGAAAAGCUAGUAAAUUCCUUUCUUUGCUAGGGCGUCAGCUACGGGAUGUAGAGGAUACGCUUCCUCAAUACUUUGUCGAAUCAUGGAUUUACUCGUCUGCCCUCAGCGUUGUGGAGGAUACGGAGCCGUGGGCGCGUGGCCUUGAGGCUUCCUCAUUAACUGCCUUCAACGCAUCCAAGGCUGAGUUGCUUGAGUUAGCUCGAAACCAACUCACAACUAUAGGUAUCAAAGCCGGACAUUUGCCAUCCAAACCGCCCUUCACCAUGGCAUUGUUCUUCCCAUCUCCAUCUAUUAAUGGUGCGCGGAAGCGUUCGUCGCAGAAGAUCAGCAGAACCGAUUUGUUGGCCUCUUUGGAGGACGAAGACGCAUUCUAUGAGCUAUAUGUCAGCCUCACAAACCGCGCAAUUGAGCUCAAUGCCAAAGCCGGCCGACGCAAAUCUGCACUGAAGCUGCAUUGGAACCUUGCCGCCCUCGACGUCCAUCGAGAACGUCUACCUGUUGCUUUCCAAACCUUCUCAUCCCUACCGGCUCACUAUUCCCCACAUAAAUGGAUCGCUCUAGAAUCAUAUAUGCUCUCGCAAGCCAUCGACAUCCACGCAGCUUUGGGCAGUGCAAGGGACCAACAGUGGAUCAAUAUUGCGCUUUCAUUUUUGAAGUCGUAUGUAGAUGAUCACGGGAGCGACCUACUGGUAACUGAAGACGACAAGGCGGCAUAUGUAUCACGGAUAGUUGUAGCAUUGCAAGACUUAGCGAACAAUAUAGAUUCGGAUCUUAUACAUUCAGAGCACCCAGCAAUAUCCAUCAAAAUAGUGAAUCCCAAUGCACGGUUAGCGGGCUCAGAAGACGGUUCCUUCGUCGAUGUCCUAGUGAACAAUCGUUUGCCAUGCGAAAUCCCUGUAGACGAGGUCAGUGUCACACUGACGGGCCGUGAGUCGGAGCGUUUGGUCUUCAACGUAAAGACCCGAAGUUUAGCGUCGGGAAUGUCUACGCUGACCUUAUUUUGUCCAACAUCGUCAUGGGGCACAUUCAUCUUCGACUCUAGCGAAGUCCGAAUAUCACGCCUACAUUUCCAGUGGGUUCAUCGUCAGCCUGCGGAAGCGUCGAAGCUCUCUCGCCAGAAGGCUGAGCUUCCGGUGCUAGUUCGACUGGCGAGAGACCUAUGUGCUUUUGACGUGCGAAUCAAACGGCCUCGAUGCAUCAAACUCGGCGCGCCCUCGAGCAUACUGAUGACCGUGGGUACCGGUCGGAACCAAAUUUCAAAAGCCAUCAUAACACUUUCGAGCACAUCAGGAGUUCAAUUUCGAUCUUCACAGGCUAAACUAGAGAGCGAUGGGUCAUCGGGAGCGUUGGAAUGCAACGAAAGCAAUGUCACGUUGGUCGAUGUAGAUAAGGAAACGGUCAUAUCCGUCUUGGUGCCUCAUUCGGAUGCCUCGGCAUUACACGCGAUGCAAGUUGACAUCUCUGUUGAAUACACGACGGAACCGGAGUCUUCCAUAUCACGGUCACUUUGGCUUACCUGUAGAGUUCCAACACUCUUGCCUGUUGCUGUAAAUGUGCAAGACUUUUUCAGAGGUUCAAAGUUGUUCUCCAAAUUCACCAUCUCGACAACAUCUUACCAACAUAUACGGCUCGCAACAGCCCAACUCAAGGGCGAAGAAGGCGAAGAGGGGUUGGUUAUAUCAUCAACGCAUCCACAUCAACGUAGCAUUAUAACCAUCACACCUUCAAGACCAGCGAACUUCUUGUUUCAGCUGGAAUGUCAAAAUGGGCGAGUCCGUGAUCCGCUCUGUCUUUCUAUCAAGUACAGGAUGCUACGUGAUGAAAUCGAAGGUAUCAUAGAGCAAACUGUGGAUGCCGCCCUCGCGCAAGAGACUGAGCAUGUAACACAUCGGAGUAUUCUCAUCGAUCGUGUAAUUCAAACCUUGGAGGGUGACGCGGGCUGGGUACAACUGUAUGGGGUAACAGGAGAGCUCGAUGUUCCUGAUACAAACGAAGAAGGUGAAAUCGGACAAAUUCUUCGAAAUAUCAAGGAGGUCCUUCGACAGAAUAAAAAUCCCAGCAUCAACGACGGGACGUGGCGUGAACUACAGAUCCCAGUAGACGUUCCUAUCAUGAAUAUUCUUGUUGCCGCUCGAAUACAUAUCUUGGCAAACCCAUUCACGACCGAAUCAACGUCAUCAGACCAACUCCCUCCGUUGUACGCUGGUCAGCCUAUCUCGGCACUACUCACUAUGCAUGCGACGUUCCGCUGGGGGACAAGGAAUCAUGAUGACAAGAGGGGGUAUAAGAUGAGAUUUGACAUCGAGGAGAUGCUCCGCGAAUGGCUGGUGAGUGGGAGAAAACGCGGCGACUUCGAGGCCCAGGACGGAAGUACGUAUACUGUUCCUAUCACCUUCAUCGCCCUACAUCAUGGCGAACUCUCGCUGCCAAAGGUUUCCGUUACGGCUCUACCAUUGGCCGGAGAAAUGACUAUGGGCUCCUUAUCUUUGCCAAGUGUCGAGACCUACCAGAUUCAUGGAGCAGAAAAAAUCCUUGUUCUGCCCAGAGGGGGGAGAAGUACAUUUGUUGUGGGCAUGGGGGAGGGAAUCGAUUGA